AUGCUGAUUAUAAUACUAUCGUCUAUAAUUGGGACUGUUCUCGGCGCUCAUUCGCACGGCAUUUCUGGUACCUUGGUGGACUUCACUGAUCCUAAGGUACAAGGACACUUAGACGCUUUAGUACGAAUGGCGCAGUCUUGCGUCAUCAAAGUUCGGGCUUCACCGAAAGACGUUAGAGCGUAUUUCACAAACUCGCCCCCAAUAACCAGAUCUGGGCAAUGUUUUGCAGCUUGUAUGUUGGAACAGAGUGAUGUUAUUAAUCAUGGAAAGGUAAAUCGUGAACUCCUGAUCCAUUUAGCCGGUCUCGUAAAUGGCAAGAAUUCCCGAGUAGUCCGCAAACUAAACAGCAUUUCGAGACUAUGCCUCGAUAGUAUCGAAGGGAUGUCAGACAGAUGCCAGCUGGCUUCCUCCUAUAACGACUGCCUAAACGAAAAUAUGAUUGAAUUCGCUUUCCCGCUGGAUAUAGCGGAGGAAGCUGUGAGGAAAAUGCCAUUCCACCUUAUACAACCAAACUUACCACAAGAGAUAAGACAGACGAUGUGA